CAAAAGUAGUUGUUUUUUCAGUAAUGUACUAGUUGGAAAAUCAGCAACAAAUCUCAAUCCUUAGUAGUACUACCCAACUAGGUAAGCUUUUGUCCUUAUUUUGUUGAAACCAUUAUCUCCCAAUAAAACGCGUAAAGGUACAAUCUUUCUAUUCAGAAACUAUUGUUUAAUACUUUCUCAUCUCAUCUUCACUUACUUUACAAUGUUUAUUAUUAUGUUCUAAAGAGCUUCAAGAAACAAGCAUAAUCUUGGCUGUUAUGUUAUGGUUCUAACAUUCAUUUUAACUGUAUUUGGCUGCUGAUGAAUAUCUUAUGCCAUGUACCAUUUCUUGUUGCAAUCAUGUGAUUUGUGGAUGUUUGUCUUGGUUUCUUUGGGCUUAAGAGAUGUAGGUCCCAAUAUUGUGAAAACAUUGAAUUUGGUGUCCUUUGUUGAACAUAUCCUAUUUCUUUAGAGAAUUUUUGACCUUUUGAGGACUUGAGGUUAUCUAUGGGGGUAUUUUCUGGUCACUAGUCUGUGUUCUGAAUUCCAUUGAGGACUUGAGGGGGUGGAGAGCAGCCUUUUGUCCUUCUUGAUUACCUAUUUUUCGAAAAAUAGAGCUGGAGGUUGGUUUCAAGAUUCAGGAAGGACCAUCCAAAGUUUAGGACUUUUACUUUAGAUCAAUCUGUUUCUACCUUUCGCCUGAAAAUGGAUGAUGAUAAAUCGGCAGAACAACAUGUAAUUGCUGCAGCUCAUCACCUUGUGAAGGCGUUGCAAUUACAAGCCAGGACGAGCUUGAGCAAUGAAGCAAGAAGAACUCUAGCCGAUCUUGACAGUCACUUGGCUGCUAUGGCCAAAGCAAAAGAGGAUGAGACCACAAGUCUCAGAGAGAUUGAAGGCCGGUUUAAGUCAGCUCAGGCAAAGAUCAUGACCUUGCAAUCGAAUUGUUUGAAGGUAUGGGAUGCUGGUCCUUCUGAACUUUUUGAGUAUCUGCAAAAUGUAGAAGAAAUCCGGACUAUAAUAGAGAGCUUAGAAAGUAUGAUGCCAAACAAGAACGGGAAACAAAACAGACUUGCUAGCCAAGCUCACAGUGUGUUGCAAAUGGCUAUGGUAAGGCUGCAGGAAGAAGUUAUCUACAUUCUUGCACAGAAUAAGCAGUGUUUUGGGCAUGCAUGUGUGUCGUUCCACUCUUGUGAAGAGAUCGUUGUUGAUGAGGAGUCGAUGGUCUCAAUUGACGAAGACUCAGUUGAGGGAAUAUCUUGCCUAGACAGUAGUAGAGCUGACUCAGAAGUAAGUAUAAUGGAUUUGGUCCAUCCAGGGGUUGUUCCUCAUAUCAAGUCUAUUGCAGAUCUGAUGUUUGCUUCACAUUACAUUCAGGAAUUUUGCCAGGUUUUUAUCAGAUUCUGGAAAGAUGCACUGUAUGAAUACUUGAGGCUUUUCUGUAUGCAGCAAAUCAGCAUAGAAGAUGUGCUGAGAAUGGACUGGACUUUCUUGAAUUGUAGAAUUAAGAAGUGGCGCCAGGCAACGAAGAAUGUCAUUGCAUUCUAUCUCCCUAGCCAGAAAAACCUCUUUGAUCAGCUCCUUGGUGAGUUUGGAUCUGUAAGUUCAACCUGUUUCAUUGAGUGUUCAAAGGAUGCCAUGUUGUGUCUUCUGAAUUUUGGCCAAGCUGUAGCUAUUGGCCCCCUUCAACCAGAACGUCUUUUUUGUUUACUUGACAUGUAUGAGCUUCUAAGAGGUCUUUGUCAAGAUGUGGAUGCUUUGUUUAGUGAAGACCAUGGCAACUUCAUUCAAGUGGAGUACCAUAAACUCUUCAAAAAUCUAGGAGAUUCUGCAAAAGCAAUCUUUCUGGGGUUGGGAAAUCGCAUUGCUUCAAACACUUCAACAACUCCCUUCCAAGGAGGAGGUGUUCACCCGCUAACCAAGUACGUUAUCAAUUAUUUCAUGCUUCUGUCGGAAUAUUCUGAUAUCCUGAGGUUCCUCCUAGAGGACAGAGUGGUAGAGAAUUCGGGUGGAGAUGUCGAUGCAGUGGUCAGGCUGGAUAUUUCUUCCGAAUUCCCAUGUCAAUUGGCUCUUCACUUGCAGUCAGUAGCAUCCACGCUUGAAUCCAACCUUGAACAUAGAUCCAGUUUAUAUAAAGAUGAUUCUUUGAAGCACAUCUUUUUGAUGAACAACAUCCAUUACAUGGUCCAGAAAAUCAAGAACUCCAAAGUUAGAACCUGUUUUGGUGAUGAGUGGAUAAAAAGGCAUAUUGUAAAAUACGUGCAGCACGAGAAAAGCUACGAGAGGAUAACAUGGAUUCCAAUCCUAUCUUUGAUAACCGGUUAUGAGAAAUCAGGGAAAGCAGUUCUGAAGGAGAGGUGCAGAAAUUUCAGUAUUGCUUUUGAGGAUGUGUAUAAGAACCAGACAGGAUGGAGUAUUCCAGACAUUGAGCUUCGAGAGGAUUUGAGAAUUUCAACCGCGUUGAAAGUUGUUCAUGCCUACCGAACAUUUGUUGGACAGGUGAAGCAAUCUCUCAGUGACAAGCACAUCAAAUACACAGAAGAGGACAUGGAGAAGCAUCUCCUGGACUUCUUUCAAGGUUCGGCAAAGUCACUUAAUCAUCAUUGGAGGAGGUGAAAGUUGAAUAACAGUAGUACUAUAUCCUUUCUUUUUUUUUCUUGCAUUGAGCCUUCAAUUGCACACACAACACACAAACACACACAAAUCCAUAGUUUUCAAGUUCAACUUUUUAUUGUAACUUAAUUGUAUAUGCAUUCCUUUUAAUCUGUGUACGAGUCAAUAUGUAUAAUACUGACACUAUUCCUCGUCUUGUCCCAAA